UGUCGUUGUUGAUUUAGUGAUCAGCUGCGUUUUAUUUCCUUUCUAGCUGUAGAUCAUAACAGAACUGAUAAGAGAGACAUUGAAUUUUUAAACUGAAAGUUAAUUGUUAAUACAUAAACUUAAAUAACAUAGACUCGAUUGUUUCCUUAUUUUUUACUGGAGCACGAAGAUGGAAGUUAAUGUCGUGGGCACAUACGGUAAAAAAGAGAAAUUUAGUCAUCAAAGAGUUCCAUCAGGAUCUCAUGAAUUUAAAGAAAUGACUAAACGCGACGCUGUUAACCAACUGCAGCAUGAACUUGACAGCCUGUUGAGUACCGCCACUGAGAAUCAAAUUCCAAAGCUGAGAACACAACUUGAAUGUUUUAGGCAGCUUUUUGAGCGCUUUCUCAGCGAAAAGGGUCCAUCAAUUAUCUGGGAACGUAUUGAAAAGCUUCCCGAAGAUGCCGUUAAGGAUUACUUUUCUCUUCCGGAACCGUCAACACAACUCGUGCGCGAGAUGUUAAACAAACUUGUUGUAAUCAAGUUGAAUGGUGGUCUGGGAACUUCAAUGGGUUGCCAUGGCCCUAAGUCUAUGAUUCAUGUGCGAAACGAAUUAAAUUUUCUUGAUCUCACUGUGCAACAAAUUGAACAUCUCAAUAAGACGUACGAUGUCAAUGUACCCCUUGUUUUAAUGAACUCGUUCAACACCGACGAUGAUACCCAAAAAUUUGUACGUAGAUAUAAAGGUCUUCAAGUCGAGAUAUAUACUUUCAACCAGAGCUGUUUCCCAAGAAUCAGCAGGGAUACUUUACUACCGAUUGCAAGAACAUGUGAUAUUGAAGGUGACAUGGAAGCAUGGUAUCCACCUGGCCACGGUGAUUUUUAUGACAGCUUCAGAAACUGUGGGCUCUUAAAAGAGUUUAUUCAACAAGGUCGUGAAUAUUGUUUUAUAUCUAAUAUUGACAACCUUGGAGCAACUGUUGAUCCAAAAAUUCUGAAUCUUCUCUUUCGCCCCGAAGACAGAUCACCAGAAUUUGUGAUGGAGGUAACAGACAAGACAAGAGCUGACGUGAAAGGUGGUACCUUAAUACAGUAUGAACAAAAGUUACGAUUGCUGGAAAUUGCACAAGUUCCUAAAGAACAUAUCGAUGAUUUCAAGUCAGUAAAGACUUUCAAAUUCUUCAAUACAAAUAAUUUAUGGGUAAAACUCAGUGCUAUAGAACGAGUGCUGCAAGAAAAAACACUGAAUAUGGAAAUUAUUGUGAACAAUAAAACAUUAGCUAACGGACUGAAUGUUAUUCAACUAGAGACUGCUGUAGGUGCAGCAAUGAAGACUUUUAAUGGUGGCCUCGGUAUAAAUGUUCCUCGGAUGCGUUUCUUGCCAGUCAAGAAGACAUCAGAUUUACUGUUAGUGAAAAGUAACUUAUACAGCCUCAACCAUGGCUCUCUUGUUAUGAGCCCCUUGCGCAUGUUCCCCACGACACCAUUGGUCAAGCUCGGUGACAAUCAUUUCGCAAAAGUAAAGGAAUUUCUAUCAAGAUUUGCAGAUAUUCCAGAUCUUCUUGAACUUGAUCAUUUAACUGUUUCUGGUGAUGUGACAUUUGGGAGGGGUGUGUCUCUGAAAGGCACUGUAAUUAUUGUUGCUAAUCAUGGUGACAGAAUUGAUAUACCAUCUGGGGCAGUGUUGGAAAAUAAAAUAGUGUCAGGCAAUUUGAGAAUUUUGGAUCACUAGUACUGUGUUAAAAUUCUGCAAUGAUGAUUCUGUGUUUAUGUUUGCUACAAAAAGAAAUGCAAACAAAUUGUUAUGUUUCAUCCAAAUGUUAGAUUUUCUUGCAUUCACUAGUCCUGAUUUUUAUGUUUGUUAAUUACUAUUAGUAAUCUGGAUUCACAGUUGUAUCCAUGAAAAUUUUAUUCAAAUUUUUUCUUACUUCUGAUAUGAACCUGUAGUUAUUGCCACCCCUUUGCAUUUGGACUUAAAUAUUUGUUACUCUUACCAUUUCAGGUAUUCAAGUGAGCUUAAUGUCAGUAUAUGUACAGGAGAGCUUGGUUGCUUCCUAAUAUAGUUUAAAAUUCAAAAUUGUAACUAAUUCAUUGUUAAGGUGUUGCUUAGAAUUUUAUGAGUUGUUGCCUGUGGUUCAUAGUGUUGUUUCAAGGUUUCGAUAAUGGUAAAUCAUCAGAUAUGUCGUGAUGAUCUCUUCUCCAGGACCUAUUAUAAAAUUAUUGCCUGAGUAAGUGAUUUUACAUGAGUUCUAUG